CAGUCGUUCGUUCUGGUCUUCGAGCGGAUCGGGCGCUCUUCCGCGGAAACUUCGCCUCUAUUCCUGGUGCUGUUUCACUGUGAAUAAUCAUGUAUGGUGGUUUGCUGCUGAUCCGAUUUCUCCCAAUCGACCAUUAGCUGCUACUUCUAGUAUCAGAUUGACACAAACAUCUUCAUUUGAGCGGCGCGCUUGAAAUCCGAAUAUUUCACCACGGAAGGUCGAGUCCUAUUGAAGCGCAAAGCGUCCAUUGUGCAGCUAAUCCUGCGGCGGUUCCCUUUCUAUUUCGAUCCAAUAAAACCCCUUCGUAGCGAAAUAGAAUCCGACGGGUGUUUAUUAAAAAAAAUGGCGACGCUCGCGGGAGCCCUAACGAACUCAUCGGUAUAAACUCUCGUUUGGCUGGAAGUUUACAACGCGGCGUGCGAAAAUGAAGAAAAAACUCCAACACGCCAUCAACCAAGAGUCGAUGCAGGACAAGACGGCUCCGGGCUCCUGGCCGCUUUAUAGCUUAGUUAGCACCGUCGCCGUCGCAUGCUACUUGAACGGCCUGAACGGCGAUUUCGUGCACGACGACAUUCCUGCUGUGACGCUUAAUAAGGACGUUCUGGCCGUUAACCCGCUGGGCCACGUCUUCAAGAACGAUUUCUGGGGAACGCCCAUGGCCGAUUUAUACAGCCACAAAUCUUAUCGACCAUUCACCAUUCUGACGUUCAGAGCCAACUAUUUGAUCUUCGGCUUGAAGCCCGCAUGGUUCCAUUUGACGAACGUGCUGCUACACGGAAUCGCCUGUUUCUUAUUCACCCGGGUGUGCCUGUGCGUGGCCCGUCUGAAGCCCCCUUUCGCGGCGGCGGCCGGCCUCCUCUUCGCCACCCAUCCAGUUCACACGGAGGCGGUGACCGGAAUCGUCGGUAGAGCUGACGUUUUAGCAUGCGUGUUUUUCCUGCUAUCGCUCCUGGCUUAUCACGGCCGAGAUGGGAUAUGCCACAUAUGGAUCAGCAUAAUAUCAGGGGGAUUGAGCAUGCUAGCCAAAGAGACAGGAAUCACUGUUUUCAUCAUUAACUUGGCCUACGACUUUUUUCUACACUGGCACGAUUUAAAAAAGGCAAUGGGUGAAAUGAAAUGGAAUCAGGAAACUCUGCAAUUCGCUAAUAAGGCUGCGAAGAUUCUGACUUCGCUGGGAAUUCUGUUGACACUAAGGCUGGCUAUUUUACAAGGAUCUCUUCCGAAAUUUUCUCAGCAGGAUAAUCCCGCUGCGUUCCAUCCGUCUGUCUAUGUCAGAUUCUUAACCUUCGGGUAUCUAGCAGCUUUUAACAUGUGGCUUCUGCUUUGUCCUGCUACUUUGUCUCACGACUGGCAAAUGGGAUCGAUUCCGCUGGUAACUUCAAUUUAUGACCCGAGAAAUUUAGUUACCGCUUUUUUCCUGGGACUGACGCUACUGCUAGCUAUCAGAAGCCUUGCGGAGUUUGAGACUCAAAAACACACUCCGAUGGUGCUGGGGCUACUGCUUCUCGUAUUACCUUUUUUGCCGGCUACCAAUCUGCUCGUUACAGUGGGCUUCGUAGUCGCUGAACGCGUAUUGUACAUCCCCAGCCUAGGGAGCAUUCUUCUUAUUGUUUACGGUGUACAGCUAUUGUGGUAUAGAUGCUACUUGCAUCGACAAACAAUAGCUAGUAUGGUUAUGCUUCUGCUGGUAACAGGUUGUUUGAGAACUGUUAUAAGAAACAGGGAUUGGAAGUCCAGGGAAUCUCUUCUCAGGGCUGGCUUAAUGACUCUUCCCUACAAUGCCAAGAUGCAUUACAACUAUGCAAAUUUUCUGAGGGACUCUGCACGACCAGAAUUAGCGAAAGACCACUAUCUGAAAGCACUCAAAUUAUGGCCAACUUACGCCAGCGCUCAUAAUAAUCUGGGAACGUUGUUGAACGAUAGACAAGAAGCUGAGGAACAUUUUCUUCUAGCUAUUCGGUACUCGAUUGAACACAUCAAUGCGCAUUACAACUUAGGGAGAUUAUACAGAAAGAGCAACAGAUCUACCGAAUCGGAAAGAAUGCUCCGCAAAUGCAUACUAUUAGAUCCUAGGUUUACGCCUGCAUACAUGGAACUGGCCAAACUUCGAGGUCCUAACGACAAAAACGUUAAUCAAUUACUGAAACAAGCCGUGGACUUGAAUCCCACCGAUCCGUAUUUUACCACGAAUUUCGCUCACUGGUUGGUAAGGAAGGGUAGCUAUCAAGAAGCUUUGAAACAUUAUUGGAAAUCCUUGCAAAUAUCGCCGGCGCAUCAGGAAGCGCUGAUAGGGACCGCUAAGCUGCUUAAAAAAUUAGGUCAGAAGUCCCGGCUAUUUCAAUUAGUUACAAGAUGGCAGACUAUCAAGCGAUGCGGAAAACAGCCAACCAGCUUGCACCUGUACUUACAAGAUUGGCAUCUCAAAGGUGAGCUGAGCCACAAAGCGAGGAUCUACGAUGUGAAUCGAUCGAGAAAUAACAGCAAAACGUCGAAUUCGUCAAAAGCUCAAGUCGCAGAUCAUUCAGGACAUAAAUCGCUCGGAAACAACAGCGCCAAAACUCAAGCGCAAAGCGCUAAUUCUUUGAGGCCAUUCAUGGUACACCAUUUUUCUGAUAGCGUAUAAGUAGAAAAAUUACGUUAGAAUUACUAGAUAAUGGCUCAGAUUGGAAACUUGGUAUCCAUCUACCUACAGUAAUUUUUUAUUGCAUAUUAUCAAGAAGAUGCAACAAAAAGAAUCGUCUGACCCGUUGUUUGAAGUAAAAAAAUGUGAUUAGUUUUGUAAAAAAAUCUUUUACAGUAUUAAUAUCAUUAAGUAGUCACAAAGUACUCUAAACGAAUCUCACCAGUUUUAGUUUGCGUUUAGGUAGAAGACAAAUAUUUUAUAACGAUUUUACGUCUUGUCGACGAACAAAAACUGAAUUUGCGAAAUUUUAUUAAGUAUUGAACAUAAAAGGUAUAUUUUUAUAAAUUAUUGAGCUAGCAGCAUACCAUUAGUUGUAAGAGAAGAACUGUUCUGAUGAAAUGUUUUGGUAGAGUGAAGUACUCUGCAGACAAACAGUUCGUGAGAAUGGUUCACUCGAUUGUUAUAAUUUACAUUUUAAAACUAUCUAGCAUAAAAAUAUUUAAACCGUGAAGAUUGUAAAAACAAUGUGCGUCUUUAAAUAGUAAAAAAUAUGGUAUGUACAAUUCUGUUACAAGUUUCUGUAUCUUGGUAAAAAUAAAUAAUUGCAAGUCUGAUAUUUAUUGAUAUUUUUAGUAAUUUAACCUUCUGUAAAAUAAAAAUUGUUUGCAUAAAAAUUCGAAAGAUAUAAAAUAUUUAUCUAUAUUAACAAUUUCGACAUUUAUCAAAUUUAUAUCAAGAUAUAAUAUUUACGAAAAUCUGAUACUUGAUUAAUGUAAUAAGUUGAAAAAAUUUAAUUUCGGUAUAUUGUUUCGAACAAAUUAUAAAUUGCUUCUUUAUUAUAUUCAUGUUAUUACGUGUAAAAUUGAGAGAAUCAUGAAAUCAAAUAGCAUGCUUUAGCCGUUUUCUGCCUUUGUACACAACUUUGAACACAACCCUUUUGUAACGCAGAAUAAGGGUGCUUAAUUAAUGCUACUCAAAAUUUAAUUCGUUGCGAAAAUAAAUAGGUACAUGCUCAUUUUGGAGAUGUUUGAAUGAUAAUUUACAAUGUAUUAUAUUUCGCUUAAUAAUGAAAGCUUAAUUGAUCAUCAGUUUUAAUUUAGAAUGAAACAUUCCGAAACCGAAUUAAAUUAGAUGCGUUAUCAAGUAGCAGAUUUUUAAUUCAAUAUUUUCUUUUUAGUAUUAGAGUUUAAUUCUAGUGGGGCCAUAUUGCGUAUACUGACUUCUGAGGGUAAAACAGAAUUUUCGCCGGUAGAUAUUCAAUUUAAGUUCAAAUAUCUAUUAAAAAAACAUAAUUUUGUUGAUUCAUAAAACAUGUAUAUAAUUCAAAAUUUUGCUUUUGAACAAAUAAUUUACAUAUGUAUAUGUAUUUGCAGUACAUGCUGAAGGGUAAACUAAUAGAAAAUGCACUUAGGUACUGCAUUUAUUGUACUUGAAUUGUCCUACAGUUAUUCACUUAUUUUACCAUGUACAACUUAAAUUGUAUUGCCA